AUGGUGAUCUUCUACAAGCGCCUGGCAGAUCGCACCCAGUACCAGAUUGUGUAUAAUAUCACACUCUGUAUCCUGGCUGCGACCUGGCUAGUGGUGUUUUUUGACAUUAUCUUCAAGUGCUAUCCGCCCCGGCGGCAGUGGGAGGGGAUUACUAAUGCCGAGUGUGAGGAUGCUUCCAUGUCAACCACAGAUGCAGGGACUAACGCUCUUUCAGUGACAUGUCCCAAAGGACCGUCCACAGUCAACUUCUGGAUCACGAUCUUCUUCAACAUCUUCACUGAUGUCUUCAUUAUCUGCCUCCCCAUUGCGCAAGUUGUGCGACUCAAGAUGCCCACGAGACAAAAAUGGGGUGUCAUCUCUGUCUUCCUCCUGGGUGUACUUGUAGUCAUCACUAGCAUUAUCCGAGCGAUCUACUCCCACCGCAACGAACAAAUGAUCACCUGCACCGUCUCCAUGGUCGAAACCGCCAUCGCCAUCAUUACUUCGUGUCUCCCCGUUCUCCGCACCCUGGUAUUCGGCUCGCACUCUCGCACCGGAACCUACAGCGGCCACCGCGGCUACGAGCUCUCGCACUCUGGUGUGCACACCGGUGCCCAGGCCAGCAAGCAACACACUACCGUGUCCACCUCACAAAGUCACAUUGACCGCGGCGUAGAUGACAUUUCGUUCCACGACUCCGACGAUGGAUUGGUUAAGGAUCCGGCACCAGUUCCUGGACCAGGAAUAGCUGUCAGGACCGAUUAUUUCGUGCAUGAGGAUCGUGUUUAA